UCAAUUCCCUUUCACCUUCUUGUUUGUCCAGAAAUUAACCGCUUCUUCCAGUUGCAGAAGCAAUACAUUCCUCCAAAUAAGAGAGAGAGAGAGAGAGAGAGAUGAGUGAGAAGGAAAAGCCAAAAGCGGUGGUGGUGGGAGGAAGCAUCGCGGGAGUGUCAUGCGCACACGCGCUCAUUUCAGCUGGGUGGGACGUUGUUGUACUUGAGAAAUCGUGCGCACCCAUCACCGGAAGCCCCACCGGCGCUGGGCUCGGACUCGACCCUCUGGCUCAGACACUCAUCCAGUCGUGGCUCCAACAGCCCGAGCUUCUCCACAACUCCACCUUGCCCCUCACAGUCGAUCUGAACCAAGCAACAGAUAGUGGGAAGAAGGUCAGCUGGACACUGACAAGAGAUGAGAAUUUCAAUUUUAGAGCAGCACUAUGGGCUGAUCUACAUGGUCUUCUUUUAAACGCAUUGCCCUCAAACAUAUUUUUCUGGGGUCACCUUUUCCUCUCCUUUUGCGUUUCUGAUGACAAGACAUCUGUUAAGGUUAAGGCUAAGGUUCUGCAAUCGGAGGAGACAAUCGAAAUAGUCGGAAAUUUACUUGUUGCAGCCGAUGGGAGCCUCUCUUCUAUCCGCCAGAGUUUUUUCCCUGACUUUAAACUGAGGUAUUCGGGUUACUGUGCAUGGAGAGGGGUUUUUGAUUUUUCAGGAAAUGAGAAUUCAGAAACUGUCAUGGGCAUCCGCAGGGCAUAUCCUGAACUGGGGAAAUGCUUGUACUUUGACUUAGGUUCUGGCACUCACAGUGUGUUUUAUGAGCUUCAGAACCAAAGGCUCAAUUGGAUUUGGUAUGUCAACCAAGCCGAGCCCAAACCCAAACUACAGAGAAACUCAGCAACCAUGAAAGUAAGCAGUGAGAUGGUCCAGGAGAUGCUUCGAAAAGCAGAGAAAGUUUGGGUUCCUGAGUUGGUGAGAGUCAUGAAAGAAACAGAGGAUCCCUUUUUAAAUUUCAUAUAUGAUAGUGAUCCCUUGGAACAAAUCUUUUGGGACAAUGUGGUCUUAGUUGGGGACGCAGCUCAUCCCACGACUCCUCAUGGCCUGAGAAGCACAAACAUGUCAGUGUUGGAUGCAGCAGUUUUAGGCAAAUGCGUUGCAAAGUGGGGAGCAGAAAAUCUACAAUCAGCUCUAAGAGAGUAUCAGUCUAUUCGGCUUCCAGUCGUUUCCAAGCAAGUUCUGCAUGCUAGGCGAUUGGGUCGCAUAAAACAAGGUUUAGUUCUUCCUGAUCGUGACCCUUUUGAUCCAAAUAGUGCUAAAUUAGAGGAUUUUCAAGAGCUACGACAGAAGAAUAUGGCUUUCUUUGACGAUGUUCCUUUGCUGUUGCUAUGAUGGUUUUCUCUGUUUACUUGCCAACAAUAGCAUAUACUCUGCAACUGAUGUUUUGAGUUAUUGUCCUUGUAAUUUUUUGCUUAUCCUUGUCAUCUUAGCUUUAUUUAUAUGAAAUCCAGUUUUUAGCUGGAUCACUAUAUUUGUAUAGUCACAACUAUUUGUAGACUAAACAGAAAGCCCUGAUUCUGAAAAAUAUACAAUAGAAAUUAUUCUGCCAUGCUUAGCAGUUCGCAGUUGGGAUAA